GGAGCAUGGCAGCAGGUGGGGGGCCCGAGGGAGCCCUCCCGGACUUCAGUCGCUAUGUGGUGGCCCGGCCGAUCUACAAUGAGGUGAACUUCCAAGAGGAGAAUGAAAGGAGACUGGUGGUGCCCAAAACACUCCGGGAACGAGUCCAGAAAACGUGCAGCUGUUCAAGAAGGAAAGCCAUUCAGAUAACCAAGACCUUCUUUCCUAUUCUGGAGUGGCUGCCCAAGUACAGGGUCAAAGAAUGGCUUCUCAGCGAUGUAAUAUCUGGGGUCAGUACUGGACUUGUGGCUACUUUACAAGGCUUGGCAUAUGCAUUACUCGUUGGAGUUCCAAUUGGUUAUGGCCUGUACUCUGCUUUUUUCCCUAUCUUGACGUAUUUCUUCUUGGGAACAUCCCGACACAUCUCAGUUGGGCCUUUUCCUGUGGUCAGCUUAAUGGUGGGCUCAGUAGUAUUGGGCAUGGCACCUGAUGAAAAUUUCCGUGUGGUUAGCAGCAACUUGACAGGACUGAACAAAACAUUUAUAGACACUGAAUCCAGAGAUGCACAGAGAGUACUGAUUUCAAGUACUGUAACCUUUUUGGUGGGAAUAAUCCAGCUGGUGUUUGGGGUAUUCCAGAUUGGCUUCAUUGUGAGGUAUCUUGCUGACCCGCUGGUUGGAGGUUUUACAACUGCAGCUGCAUUCCAAGUGUUUGUUUCACAACUGAAAAUAGUCUUAAAUGUUCCAACUGCAAAUUACAAUGGAGUUCUUUCCAUAAUAUAUACCCUUAUAGAAAUAUUUCAAAAUAUUGGAAUGACCAACAUUGCUGAUCUUAUUGCUGGGCUGCUGACCAUUUUCAUCUGUAUGGUGGUAAAAGAAAUAAAUGAUAGAUUCAGACACAAGAUCCCUGUUCCUAUUCCCAUAGAAGUGAUUGUGACAAUAAUAGCCACUGGCAUUUCAUAUGGAGCUGAUCUGGAGAAAAAAUACAAUGCAGGCAUUGUUAAAAGUAUUCCUAGUGGAUUUCUGCCUCCUGCACCUCCAGAUGUGAGCAUGUUUGGAGACAUGAUAGCAUCAGCCUUUUCCAUUGCUAUUGUUGCUUAUGCAAUAGCUGUGUCCGUAGGUAAAGUGUAUGCAACCAAAUAUGACUAUGCUAUUGAUGGAAACCAGGAGUUUAUUGCCUUUGGGAUCAGUAAUCUUUUUUCAGGAGCUUUUUCAUGUUUUGCUGCAACUACUGCUCUGUCUCGCACAGCAGUCCAGGAAAGCACUGGUGGAAAAACCCAGAUUGCUGGAAUUAUUUCAGCUGCAAUUGUACUCAUUGCCAUUGUUGCUUUAGGAAAACUGCUGGAACCUUUGCAAAAGUCUGUCUUGGCCGCUGUGGUUAUUGCCAACUUGAAAGGGAUGUUCAUGCAAAUAUUUGAUGUCCCUCGCUUGUGGAGGCAAAGCAAGGCAGAUGCUAUGAUCUGGGUAUUCACAUGUAUAGCAUCCAUUAUCCUUGGACUGGAUUUGGGAUUACUUGCUGGACUGGUGUUUGCGUUGCUAACUGUUGUAUUGAGGGUUCAAUUUCCCUCCUGGGGUAGCCUUGGCAGCAUUCCUGGGACAGACCUAUAUAAAAGCAUCAAAGAAUACAAACAUGUUACUGAACCAGAAGGAGUGAAGAUUCUCAGAUUUUCAAGUCCUAUUUUUUAUGCUAACAUUGAUGGCUUGAGAAGCAGUCUCAAAUCAACUGUUGGAUUUGAUGCCAUGCGGGUCUAUAACAAAAGGCUUAAAGCUCUGCGAAAGAUACAAAAACUGAUCAAGAAGGGAAAAUUAAGGGCAACAAAGAAUGGUAUCAUCAGUGAUUUUGGUACUACCAAUGAAGCUUUUGAACCUGAUGAGGACCCAGAAGAUCCUACUGAUUUUGACAUUCCAACUAAGGAAGUAGAAAUCCAAGUGGACUGGAAUUCAGAACUCCCAGUCAAAGUCAAUGUCCCCAAAGUGCCUCUUCACAGUUUAAUUUUUGAUUUUGGAGCGGUAUCCUUUUUGGAUGUAGUAGCAGUGAGAGUAAUAAAAACGAUCCUCAAGGAGUUUGAGAGGAUUGAUGUGAAAGUAUACAUUGCAUCGCACCUAGACCACAUUAUCAAAACACUGGAACACUGUGCCUUUUUUGAUGAUAAUAUUAAAAAAGAAAUGUUUUUCCUGACUGUCCAUGAUGCUGUACUCCACAUACAGAAUCAGAUCAUGCACAGAGACAUCCAGGACCCUAUAUUUGAAAAGAUUUCACUGAUGCAGGAGUCAAAGGAACCAAUGGAAUUAAUAGAAACACCCCAUCAUGAAGAACUUGAUGUUCAGGAAGAGGCCAUGCGAAGGCUUGCUUCAUGAGGAAAGGCUACUGAAAUUAUCACAUUUGUGAACUCUGUGGCAAACAUACGCUAUUUGAAGCAGUUUUACUUUCCACCAGAAAGAAACAUUUAACUUAUACUACAGAUGUGUCUGAUGCUAAUUUCUCUGUUUGCAUAUUAUGUCUGAUUAAAAUUAUUUAAUAAACCUGCUCAAAAAUCAAAACCCGGCAAAUCAAACCUGGCAAAAUGGAAAGCAAUUUCAUCAUAACUACAGCAGAAAUGCGGAUUAGCUUCUGAAGAAGGAGACAUGUGUAACUGUCUUUCUCACUCAGUGUUACUUUCACAUAUAUAACCAGCAAGUAAGUAAAGAGGAAGAAAGAGAGAGAAGAAAAGAAAAAAAAGAAUGAACUUGUUACGACUUGCAAGGAUAAUCUAGACUCUUUGUACACUGCCAACGCGAAUGUGACUUCUUUAUUUCUCAGGGGUACCUCUAGGUGCUACUGCCAGAAGGGCAACACUAUUUAUGACUAAUAGGAAUGCAAUACUUUAUACAGAAAGAAACUAUAUUCUUCAGUGAAAAAACAAUAUCUUGACAUUGUGAACAUAAAAAUAUUGAUAAAAUAUAUGAAUGGUAUUUAUAUUAACUAUAAAUACAUCCAUAAAAUCAAUUAUUGCACACCAAACCCAUUGCUUUCUUGGAAGAUCUGACAUUUGUGUACCUGAUAAAGACUAUUAGUCUUACUAGUGCCUUAUUAUAUAUAUAAAAAAGAUAUCAUGGGUAUUUGGGUAGAUUCAUUAACAGAAUGAAUGUCGAGGGGAUACUGUUUGUAUGUUUCUCCAUAA